GUCGACAUGGCUAAACGCACCAAGAAGGUCGGAAUCGUGGGCAAAUACGGGACCCGUUAUGGUGCCUCCCUCAGGAAGAUGGUGAAGAAGAUUGAGAUAAGCCAGCACGCCAAGUACACUUGCUCCUUCUGUGGCAAAACCAAGAUGAAAAGACGAGCUGUGGGGAUCUGGCAUUGUGGCUCCUGCAUGAAAACCGUCACUGCUGGCGCCUGGACCUACAACACCACUUCUGCUGUCACAGUAAAGUCUGCCAUCAGAAGACUGAAGGAGUUGAAAGACCAGUAGAAGCACCGCCGUUUGAAACAUUGCUAGCCUAUAAUAAAUGGGUUAAUUUAUGUAACAAAA